AUGACCUACUCAUUAUUUCCCGAUAGCUCGAAAAAUAUUAGCUCAAUCGUGCAAGAAUUGGACAAGGCCAAAGUACCAAAAAUUCAAACUGAACCGCCUGUAUAUCAAAUAGCAACCAGAUCUUCAGUCACGGCAUGCUUUGGAGUAUUGCAUCGUAACUCUGCUUGGCCAGCCGCAUAUGUUGGUUUUGAUACAGAAACAACUGUUAGAAGAUCCGUACACCAUCGUAUGGUGUCGUUGAUACAAAUUGCGACAUCCGAGUUUUGUCUCUUGUUCCAAGUAUACCGAAUAACUCGAGGAGAUGCAAGCAAAUUUCCCACAGCGCUACAACAACUACUCAACAAUCCCAAAAUUCUCAAAGUCGGUGUGAAUGCUCGAGGAGAUGCCAAGUGGCUUAAAGAAUCAUAUGGUAUCGAAAUGGAUGGAAUCGUGGAUCUCGAUCGCAUGGCAAAGGAAAAGGGACUCUAUGCCAGAUCCCUUGCUGAAUUGGCACUUAUGUUUACCGAUAACGGUCUAGAAUUGAGCAAGACGAACAAGAUUAUAGAAUGGGACUUUGAUGCUGCUUGUCUGGAUGCCGAAAUUGUACAAUACGUUGCGUGUGAUGCAUUUGUUGCUAUACAGAUUUACGAGAAUAUGCUUGUAGAUAAACGAAAUCCAAAUUAUAAAUCUUGGGAAGAACGGUACCCUAUGACUCUGGAAGAAGAAGAAUCUGAACUGUAUGCAUUACUCAAGCGAAAUCAUAUGAAUGGAACGGUAAUUAAAGUAGGCAAGUUGAUUAAUGCUGGACAGUCGGCGUAUAGCCGUUGGCAAAAGACAAAGCCCGAAACGUUAGAUCGUCGACAAGCGAUAAGCAUUGCCGUAAAGCAUUAUCUAGCCGAUGGCCGACUAAUUCUUGACAAGGACGAUGAUUCGACUGGUCCUGGUGAUUCGACUGGUCCUGGUGAUUCAGCGGGUCCUGGUGAUUCAGCUGGUCCUAGUGAUUCAGCUGGUCCUAGUGAUUCAGCCGGUUCUGAUGAUCCGACAGGUUUUGUCGAUUCACUUGAUGAAAAGGAAUUUCUCCAACUUCGCGUUAAAAUCCCGGGCGUUGCAUUGGGUACUAUAUUAGAGUUGCCGGAAGCUGAAAGCUUUCUUACCGAAAAAGGUCUUGACAAAAACGACGUUUUAUUUAUCAAAUGGCUUUCACCGCAUUUGCACAAGACAUUGAGAAAGAAGGUUAUGAUCAAUUUGUGUAAAACGACCAGGGCGGCUGAAUUUGAUGAGGAACAGAGCAAACUUUACGUUACGGACAUGGUUCAAAAAAUGACAGGAUUUGAUGCUUUCAAAUCCAAUAGUGACAAUCACUCUUUUGAGUUUAAUCCAGUAUGGGUGGAAGAAUUGGAACGAAUAUACGAGAAUACGUCAAAUAAAAUUAGGCAUAAGGAAAACUCUGGGGAGGGUGAACUUUCUGGCAAAGGUAAUCAGUAG